AGUUGCCCAGGUGAGAAGAAUUGAAAUGAAUCCUGAAAAGGGGUGUGCAGAGGUGACAUUAUUUGACAAGAAUUCCACAUUGUUUGUCAUUGAAAAAAUUUGGAGAAUUAAUGGAACAGAAUUGCAAGUGAAAGAUUUGUCUGGAUUUAAGGGGAAAGAGUUAGACUGGAAAUCUGAUAUGGUACAUGUUGAGAAUAACUGACAAAUUGAAAAUGUCAAAAUUAACUGUCACCUGCCUUAUCAGUCAUAUAGGAAGAAAGCAAGCUCAUUUUGGAUGGAUAUUCCUCAUCAUGAAGCAAAAAUAAGAAAAAAGAGACCAAAAGACAAAUUUCCAAUGUCAAAACUUCGAUGGAAAAAUAUGAACUCAAUUUUGAAAGUUCAGCAAGUCAAAGACAACAGAAAGAAAAAGAAGAGGAAAAAACCCAAUGUUGUCUCAAACCAUGAUUUUGAUAAAUACAGCUCAUUGACAUUGGGCGAGUUCAACAUAUUUCUCAAGAAAGUGGAGGCAGAGGUACAAAUGUGUGUUCAGGGGAAGACAACUGCAAUUGAAAUUGGACGUAAUAUAGAGGAUUCUAAAGGAAAUUGUUCAAAGGAAUUAAAAAACCCAGAAACUGCUCAGUGUCUUUGUGAAGACAAACAAAAGCACAUUCAUUACCAUGAAAUUCCACUUUGUCUGUGGUAUAGACAAAAAAUGACUGUUAUGGAGAUUGAUUCAAAACAAAAUUCCUUAUUUAACUUGAAAGAAAAAAUAAGGACAGAAUUUGGAAUUCCAGCUAAAUUACAGUUACUGAUGUACAAGGGAAAGGAUAUGCAAAGGACAGCUAGUUCAAUCAACUUUCAGCCAUACGAUAACAUUUUUGUCUCAAUUAAGGGUAGAGGUGGAAUGCAAGAACCCUUGACUGGUGUGACUACAGGUAGCUCAGAAAGAGAUGUUGAGCAGUGGUUAAAGAAAGAAGUUGGUAUAAAUGAUGUGGUGUUGGAAAAGUUUAGUAUUCUUACUGAUUUGGAUGGACAAACAUUAUUUUCUUAUGAUAUAGGCGACAUAGAGUCCUUUAUAUUAGAUACAGAACUACCAGUUGGACUUGCAAGAAAAAUCUUAGGUUUUAGGGAUAAAAUCAAUGAAGGAAUUUCAAAUCCAUUAAUGAAUUAUACAGCAGAGGAAAUUUCAGGAUUCAUUAAGAGAAUUCUGACAGUGAAUGAUCAAACUAUCAGUCAUUUAUGUCAGUGUAUUGUCGACAGACACAUCGAUGGGUAUGUGUUUUUCAGUUACAUUGAUGAAAAACAGUUUCAAUACGACUUCAGAGAUUUAAAUAUAAAAGGAAUGUACUUCAAAAAAAUUAUUUUAAAACGCAAUGAAGAAUUUAGUAUUCCACAUGGUGGGCAAAAAGCAACUCAGUUGAAAACUACUUGUUCAGAAGAGUUGACAGAAGAAGAAAAUUUACUAUUAAAACCAGUUCAGGAAGAAAACUGUACUGCUGAAGAAGUUAGUGAAGCAAUGGAUUACCCUGUUCCAGAUGCUUUCGCCGACGAUUCUACCAAAAGUGAUUAUGAACGUACUCUGUGCUGUUUACUUCGAUUAAACAAAGUGCAGGAAAGCAAUUGCAAGCCAUGCAAAUUAGGUAUCCUCCAUGGAGGAUGGACAAAUGUGAAUGAACUCGAGAAAAAUUUUGUUUUCUUUUUAUUAAGUUGUGAAGAUGAAUUCACAGAAAAGCAACAACAAAGUGGUCUUUGGAAACAAAUUGGCAAGAAUAUGGACCAAUGGCUAAAUCUACUUCCACCAAGCAAAAGGGAUAUGUUUACAGAGAGUAGACAAUCAGGCGUGUAUAAUUAUAACAAGAAAAAAAAAGUACAGCUCCCAGCGCAAUGUAAACUUGCAUUUGUUAUGGAUAAGGAACUUUCUGCUAUAUUAAAAUUUGAGACCGCUAUUCUUUUGGUUAGUAGAAGUCUUCUACAAAAGCAGUGUGGAGGAUUCAUGACACCUUUAUCAAAGCAUCCAAAAAAACCAAGUAGUUUUCCAUUUUCCUUUCAUUCUUCAGAAGAAUACUAUAUUUUCAAUCCAGAAGACUAUUCAGAUGGGUUUAUUAAAGAAACUGUACCAACAACAUGCAGUGAACAACGGUCUUCAGUUAGCAAUAGUAAAUUAGUUCAUCUAAGCAGUGAGGAAUUUCCAGUAAAUAUUGGUAAUACUGUUGAAAAAGUACCGGAAACCAGAAUGCCAGAUGAUAGAAUGAAGGAUUUUGAUCAUUCAGGUCAUAGAAUUGUUGAAAGUAACCCUAAUUUAUACCAAAGGGAAAAUGAGAACCCUAUUUUGUAUCAAAGGAAAAAUGAGGACCCAAUUUUGAAUCAAAGGAGAAAUGAGGAAAAUCAACAAUCUUCAUCAAAAACUGUUGCGAAAAAGCAUGUAAAGAAAUCAUUAGGAACAGGACAAGAAGUUUGUAUUCAGAUUCCAAGAGAUUUCAAGAAAAAUUCUGAAUAUGUAGUGUAUCAUGCAGGAAAAAUUUUCCACCAACCAGAGAAUGAUGGAACGUUAUCAACAAGGUGUAUAGAAUUUAAAGCGUUUUUCUCUUGUGUAAAUAAAACAAAGGAAGCAAGACUCAUUAAAUUUCAAAUGGAAGUCUUAAGAUUUGCUUGUGGUUGUCUCAAUGCACGAAAAAAUGGAACCAUUUAUUUUGGAGUAGCAGAUUCUGUUCAGAACAUUGACGAUGAAGAGUACAAACAUGGUGAAAUUGUUGGUUUUGAAAUUAGUGAGAUUGGAUAUGAUACUAGAUCAAAAUAUACAGAUGCACUGCUAGAUGGAAUAUCAAGAUGCUUUAUGAGCGAGAAUGUGGCUAUUGUUAAAAAAUGUGUAUCCAACCCAAUAUUUGUAAAAGUAGUAAUAACUGGUGAACAGAUUUGUCGUUAUGUGAUGGAAGUAGAUGUAGAACCAUCAUCCUAUAGAUGCAGAGAAUAUCAUUUUAAAGUAAAUUUGAAGAACAUCAAAAAUUUAUCCAACAAAUCAAUAGAAAAUAAACAUUUGCUUUAUUUGAGAAGCGGGUCAUCAACAGAGCGUCUUAUAAAUGAACGAGAACAACUUUUUAUCAAAGCAGAAUUACUAGAAAAUGUGAAAGAGAGAAAGUUAUUUGAAAACCAACAAAAAAAUGAAAAUUUGCCAAAAAUGGAACCGUUGGCCUCAAAAUUGGAGCGACUUCUAACAAGAGGGACGUAUAGCUUUGAUAAACGAUUAUGGCCAAUCCUUGUGCUAGGAAAACCCAUGGACGAACAGAAAAUGAAUGAGAAAUGGACAGAAAGUAUCUCUUUUAUCAAACGAAUUCAAUUCACUGCUGUGUUUGAUUUUGAUGAGAUGUCUGAUAAAAAUGGCCUUUGUAACAUGUACCGAAAUCCUGAAAGAUCUACUCUACAAACAGAACGUUUGUUCAAUGAAAAUGCUGGAAACUUACAAGAACUAGCUAACAAGUUAGGCUUACCAUAUGAUGUCAAGACAGUGUGGAUAUUUGCCAAUGGACGAAGUGAUUACUUCGAAGAGAAACCACACUUGAGCAGAUCUGGUUGGCAUGUAUCUUAUUCGGCUGGUGUUUGUGAUGCUGUCUCAUUUUUCAAUCAAAACUUUGUAAUUCCUAAAGGAAGAGCAGUGAUAUUAGUUCUCCUUUUUUCAAAUGACUAUGAUGGAUUGAUUGAUACAUUUAAUGAAAUAACAAGAAAUUUUGGUUGGGGACCACUUGUUAUCAUUGCAGAACAUCAACGAAUUUUUGAUGAUUUUACUGAUAUAAUACAACAAGAAUCUAAAGGAGAUAAGGAACAACUGGAAAAAGUAUCAAUCAUAGGGAUGCCAUGGGAGCACAUAAACAGUACAAUAACAUCAUUGACGGGAUAUGAUGAAAAGAUGAAUUGUAUGUUGCCAUGUUCGUCAGGGGCACUUGUGCAUGUUAAUGAAAGAUUAUUAGAUAGUUUAGAUAACUUAAGUAUAUUGAGUGCCAAUCAGUGUGAGAACAAAAAAUUCAAAAACAUUAAAGAUCGGAAACAAUUUGCUCGAGAACAAGAAUUACAAUUUUACAAAGGCAAACAUGUGACAUGGUGGAAUUUCUAUUUUGAAAACCAUGUCUGUGAAAGACAUAAAUUCCAUCAUUUACAAGAAAGAGCUCAAGAUCUGCUACUUCAUGCAAAAGAAGAAACACGAAAAAUAGUCACAUUUACUAUUGCACAUGAACCAGGAGUAGGGGCAACAACCCUCGGACAUAAACUUUUGUGGCAUUUCCGACGCAAGUACAGAUGCUGUGUGAUUCAAAAAAUAUCAGAAACGACCAUUUCGCAUAUAUAUUCACUAUGGCAGUACAUGGAAAAUAACACAGAUGAAUCACUACCACAGCCUGUUGUCCUCUUAUUGGAUGACAUUCAAACUGAACUUUCAUUAACUGAUUUUACAAGACUUCUUAACUUAGAAUUUAGAAAGCGCGGUUUGAAUAAAGGCAUGGGUUGUCUUCUGAUGAUAUGUCAGAGGGAGGAAAAAUUAACUGAUUAUGAUUAUGAAAGUCAGAAUGUAUUCUUUCUUAGACAGGAACUUAGCCAUAAGGAAAAGACAUGGUUUGCAGAGAAAUUUGAUGAGUUAGAGCAAACUGGAAGAGAACUAGAUGACUAUAAUCCCAAACAUUUAAUAUCAUUCAUGAUAAUGCGAUCCGAGUUUAAUCCUGAGUACAUCAAAAACACUAUCGAACACUUAAUUUCUACCAUUGAUCACUCCUCUAAUGAAUACAAGUUAAUGAAAUAUGUUUCUUUUCUGGCAACAUAUGCGCCUUUAACAAGACGAGGAGUGAAAGUGUUUGUUCCGCUGGAAUGUUGUGAUGAGUUAAUGGGAAGUAAGGUGUGUUUCUGGGAAGAUCGUUUGUCAAGCCCUCUGAGAAUUUUAUUAAUCAUAGAAGAAAAAGAGCAAUCUAGUGGACGACAAGUUCGAAUAGCACACCCAAGCCUUGGCAAAAUACUUAUAAUAGAAAUCAUGAAACGUGAAAAAGCACAACUGGCCGACAUUGCCAAGGAAUUUCUCAAUUGUUCUUUACUUCAAAGUACAUCAUAUGGAAGAAAUUUUCUGGUAGAUUUUACUUUGGAAAUGCUAAAGCGGAGGAAGAAGGAAGAGUAUGAUGAUGAGAAAACCACACUAUUUAGUCCUUUAAUUCUGGAGAUAAUCAGUGAAUCUGAAGAUAAUUUUGGAAAAGCUGCUGAAAUAUUACAGUUAGGUUUCAACAAAUUCAAAGAUUUUAUGUUAGCACAAGCUUUAGCUCGGUUAUAUUCAAAAUGGAAACGAUAUGAUGAGGCUAUACUAUGGGCCAAAGAAGCUGUUGAUUUAUCUUCAAAACACUCUUUAUCAUAUAUCCUUCAUACUUAUGGCCUUGUCCUGCGAGAGAAAUUUAGACAUUUGACAAAUUCAAAAUUUUUUCAGCCAAAAGAUGCAAUUGAAAAUUUAAAGCUUAUUUUAGAGUCUUUGGAAGUAUUUCUUCACGCCCAAAGAAAACGGGAUGAUGAGACCGACACGCAAAAAUUACUCUACCCAUUCCAUGAUGCUAUUUACACCAUAAACGAAAUAACAAGGUUUUUGGUGGAAAACAUCAAAUGUUCCAUGGAUGAAAGUGAUAUCGUACAGUAUCUCAAAGACAAGGAUUUCAUUCCAGAGGAAAUAUCAAACGUAUGGAGAAAUUUUCAUCAAAGAUUGAAAGGAAUGAAAGAACAAGGUCAUAAUGCUUUUAAAGUCUUAGAAGAUAACAUUUGUUUUAAUACCACAUUUUAUGCACCAGAAGAAGCAUUUCGGUACAAUUCAAAUAAAUUGAAGGAACACAGAUUCUAUCGAAGUUUCCACUAUGGACAUGAGCGGAUGUUGGAAAAUUUCACUAAAAUAUAUGGGGAACACGAAAUUGAUUAUCAGUUAGAAAGUGCAGAUCAAAGAAGCCGGGAUGAAUUUCACAGAGGAAGGUUAUGGACACUAAAAGGAAAUUCAUACAUGAACAUUUUUAAUCAUAUAAAGAAUUGUGGGAACAAACAUCUAGCAAGGCAAAUUACAGGCAAGUUAAUAACAAUCAAAAAACAUAUCAUGACUAUUGAAGCUAAAGAUUCAAAUGAUCUUGCAAACGAAAUUUGUGUUAAUGUUGCUUUGGGAAUAAUGGGUGGUCAACAUCAUGAUUCCGAAAGUGAUAUACUUAAAACCUGUCAGAAGAUAAUCUCUGCAAGCAAUGAGAAGGUAGAUUUAGCAUAUUUUUUCAUUAGUAUGCUUUUGUGGCCUAGUGGUGAAAGAAAAGUAUUUUAUGAUGAUUCGCUGUUACAAAGAUCACUUUCAUAUUUAAAAAGAAAUUUCAAGCAACAGAAGUACAAGUCAAAUGUACAAAAAAGUUCUCAUGUAAAGGAGGAAAGUAAUAUCUCUCAGCCAACACCGCAGUUUUUUCUUGCAAAGGGUAAAGGAAUACAAUCUUUGUGUCAUCGGUGGGAAAUUUUUGUACGGGAGAAUCCUGACUCUCAGUUUGAUAAUUCUUUAUGGGGCCAUAUUAAAACGAAAGAAAAACUCCGGCGUUUAUGCGGAACAACCACAACUAGCAGUGAUGGUUCAAGUACAUACAUUGUGUUUAAAAAUAAGCAUGGUGAGCCAAUUAGAAUAAGCAAAAUAAGGGGAACAAACAAAGGAUAUGAAUCAGAAGAGGAAGUGUCAUUUUAUUUAGGAUUUAGUAUUGCAGGACCUAUUGCAUAUAAUGUAAAGUUAAUGCGAUAUGAACAACAGUCACAUGGAGCAUUUAGCCAACGAGAACUAUUAUUGACCACUAAUUCAAAAGUAGAAGAAUUUAUGAAAAGCAGCAAAGAAGACCUACAAAAUAUGCUUUUAAAGAUACGAGGGUUGGAGGGGAAAAGACCAGAUUACUUGAAAGAGCGAGAGAAACAGCUUAUAAAAGAUAAAGAUGGCAUCAAAGAAGCAUUAUAUCGACUGGAGAUGAUGAGUGGAGAAAUGGAUCUUUCUCUAAUAGAUUGAUACAUGUACACCGCUUCACUAAGGAUGAUAUAAAUAUGGACCAAAAGGCUACCUGCUCGGAUAUAGCUGUACAAUUAUUUUGUGAUUAUCUAUCAUCAAAACUAUGUGUUUAUCUGUCAUAUUUGUAGAAUGUCCUCAGUGUCAGCAUAGUGAUUUUCUGUAAAUGAUCAUUAUUCAUGUACUAUUAUUUAGGUCACCUGAGUCAAGUAAGCUGACCUAUCGAACUGGUCUGUGUCCAUCGUCGUCUGUCAUGUUAACAAAUAACAAUUAAACUUUUUAAACUUCUUGA